UGUGUGUGUGUGUGUUGUGCACGAGACCGCGUCCCGAUAUAUAAGCACAGGGCUAUCUCUCACCGGCACAUUGACUCACUACAACCAAACACUUCAACAUGGUCGCUAAAUUCGCAGUCUUCGCAUGCCUGGUGGCUGCUGCCGCCGCUGUUGCCGUACCGGUCCUGCCGGUGGCUAAAGUAGCAUAUGCUGAAGCCGAGGCCCCCGCCCACUACGACUUCGAGUACUCCGUCCACGAUGGCCACACCGGAGACGUAAAGCAACAAAAAGAAUCCCGUGCCGGCGAUGCUGUCCAUGGUUCAUACUCGCUCGUCCAGCCUGACGGUGUUCACCGCAUCGUUGAGUACAGUUCUGACAAUGAACACGGAUUCAACGCGAUCGUUCGCUACGAAGGCACCCCUGUUGCUGCCCCCGCCAAGAUCGCCUACGCCGCUGCUCCCGUUGCCAAAGUUGCCUACGCCGCCGCUCCAGUCGCCAACUACGCCUACGCCGCCGCCCCCGUAGCCAAGGUCGCCUACGCUGCCGCUCCUGUCGCUAAGGUCGCCUACGCUGCCCCUGUCGCCAAGGUUGCCUACGCUCCUGCUCCUGUCAGCUACGCCGCCGCUCCAGUCGCCAAGAUCGCAUACGCCCCAGCUUCCUAUUCCUACGCCGCCGCCCCCGUCGCCAAAGUUGCAUAUGCUGCUGCACCCAUCGCCAAAGUAGCAUACGCAGCCCCUCUUGGCCACGUCACCUUCUCCUCUCCCGCCGUCUCAUACCACCACUAAAUUAUAAAUACCAUUGUUACUUAAAAUUCUAUUUAUUCUGUUAAAUACAAAGUAGUGAAUUUUA